UUUUGAAUGACCUAGAGAAGGGUUUGGUUUUUCCUUCUCUCACAGGCAGAUGGAAGGCGCUGCCUUGCAUGUCUCUGAAAUAGGAGAAAGACCCGCUUCCCAGGGGGGCCUCAAUAGGAACAAAAGUCAGCCGCUGGCUCUGUGUCUGUGCCUGCCCUUCUUUCCCCAGAUGGAAGGGGAGAGCGGAGAGGGGCACAGAAGACAGGUGCAGCCCAGGGGUGAGGGAGAGCCUGGAGGCGCGGAGUAGGAGAUGGAGGUGGUGGUGAAACAGCUUUCCUCCUCCCGGGGGUCAGCAGCGAUUCAGCCACAGGCACCGUUUUCCACUGAAAUGUGAGCACGGACAGGAUGAGCACAGCCCUCGCAGCGGUCGUGGUGCCUCUGGUGUGCGCCUGUGUGUGCUGCUGCCGCUGUCAUCACAGAUGCACCCCAGCUGUCACUCCCCACUCCCGCUCUGCUCCGGCUUGUUGCUCGUGCACACACGCGCGCGCUCUCCUCCCUCGCCCCUUUCUUCCCUCUCUCCUCUCUCUCUCCCUCCAUCCCUCUGUUUCCUUCUCAGUUUGUGACUGACCCAGCAGCACCGUCCCCUGUCUGCCGCAAGCAGUCCACCUCCUGGUGCUGUGUGCUGUGUGCCAGCCCCUGCUCCCGCUGAGUGGAGACUCUGGCACCAAUGCCCACUGCGCUCUGCCUGCCGGUGGUGUCUGGAUUUCUCCAGGAAUCCCAGGAGGGUCUCACUGGAGGAUUGAGAGCCACCUGAUUGAAGGCGUUUGCGGUCAGAGUAAAGACGGGUAUAUGGGGACAAAUCACCUGCCUUCUCGGCUCCAGGAAGAGUGGACCGGGCAACUGCAGAGGACCGGGCAACUGCAGAGGACCAUUCAGAGGAAAGCUGCUGCAGCAUGAACCCCUGAGCUGAUGAGUCUUAUUAUAGCCCGGCUGGCGGAAGACAGAGCGUUGCUAUUCACCUCUGCGAGGGCGACGACAGUGCAGGGGGAAGCAGCAGGCCGCCCAGUGGCUCACACCCUACGUGGCUGUAGCUGCCAAGGGCCUGGCUCCUGCCUCCCUGGGGCCAUGGACUGACAGGCGGCGCACCCAGGGGCUCCUCUCUCCCCAGAGCAACAGGGCCCGGAGAGCCAUGGGCCUCACCAUGCUGGCACCGGGCAGCAGCCCUGAGCAGAGGGGCAGGCUUGCCCUGCAGUGGAGGCAGGUGUCCUGGAUCACCUGCUGGAUCGCCCUGUAUGCGGUGGAGGCCUUCCCCACCUGCCCCUUCUCCUGCAAGUGUGACAGCCGCACCCUGGAGGUGGACUGCAGUGGUCUAGGCCUCACCACGGUGCCCCCGGAUGUGCCUGCGGCCACCCGAACCCUCUUGCUCCUGAACAAUAAGCUGAGUGCCCUGCCAAGCUGGGCUUUCGCCAACCUGUCCAGCCUGCAGCGCUUGGACCUGUCCAACAACUUCCUGGACCAGCUGCCCCACUCCAUUUUCGGGGACCUGACCAAUCUGACCGAGCUGCAGCUGCGCAAUAACAGCAUCAGGACCCUGGACAGAGACCUGCUGCGGCACUCCCCGCUGCUACGCCACCUGGACCUGUCCAUCAACGGUCUUGCCCAGCUGCCCCCUGGCCUUUUUGACGGGCUCCUGGCUCUACGCUCUCUCUCACUUCGCUCCAAUCGCCUGCAGAACCUGGAUCGGCUGACGUUUGAACCCCUGGCAAACCUGCAGCUGUUGCAGGUGGGGGAUAACCCCUGGGAGUGUGACUGUAACCUGCGUGAUUUCAAACACUGGAUGGAGUGGUUCUCCUACCGAGGGGGGCGCUUGGACCAGCUUGCCUGCACCCUCCCCAAGGAGCUGAGGGGGAAGGACAUGCGCAUGGUCCCCAUGGAGAUGUUCAACUACUGCUCCCAGCUGGAGGACGAGAAUAGCUCAGCUGGGCUGGAUAUUCCUGGGCCACCCUGCACCAAGGCCAGUCCAGAGCCUGCUAAGCCCAAGCCUGGGGCUGAGCCAGAGCCGGAGCCCAGCACAGCCUGCCCCCAGAAGCAGAGGCACCGGCCGGCGAGCGUGAGGCGAGCCAUGGGCACGGUGAUCAUCGCAGGGGUCGUGUGUGGCAUCGUCUGCAUCAUGAUGGUGGUGGCUGCUGCCUACGGCUGCAUCUAUGCCUCCCUCAUGGCCAAGUACCACCGGGAGCUCAAGAAGCGCCAGCCCCUGAUGGGGGACCCUGAGGGUGAGCAUGAGGACCAGAAGCAGAUCUCUUCUGUGGCCUGAGUGCCCACCCCCGACCUGGCCAGGUAGGAAGGGCAGGGAGAGCACACCACAUUGCUCUGCCAUAGCCCCCACCUUGACGUGGCGCUGGCCACUGCUUCCCCCAGUCCACUCUCCUCCCUACCCUCCAGCAGACAAGCCACAACAGGCUCUCUCCCCGCACUUCCAAGGCUCCCUGGAAGCCACGGUGCUGGGGGCUCCUGCUGAUGCUCCUCUCUGGGCCAGUACAUCUUUGGAACAUCUGGGGGAUCUCCCUAAGGCUGUGGCCACAGCAAAGCAAGGAGGUGUAUGCAAGAGGAGGCUUCCAAACUGGGCAUUCCCCUGUCGUCCUUCCUGCCCUGGGGCGGCCACAGCUGGUGACUUGUCCUACCUUGCUGGUCCCACCUCACCUGCAUUGAAGGGACAGGGAGGGAGGAAUCUGAGGGAUGGGGUAGAUUUCUGAGACUCUUUCCUAAGCCAGAAAGACAUUGUUGAUACCCCUGCAGUAUGGAACCUGGUCCAGCUCUACAACUGCUGGCACCAAUGUACAAACACACCAGCCCUGCCAUCUGGACCCAGCACUUAGAAAAACCAUAUACCCCUGGCUGACGCCAUCAAGCCCCUGGAUCUGCUAUAGGCCACACUGACCACAUGCUCCUGGAUUCACUAAUUCACUCACACACACCCUUUCUAUCACCAGUGCAGUCACAUGGAUUGAAAGAAUGCACACACACACACACACUCUCACACACACACGCACACUCUCACGCACUCACACGGUCACAUGGAGACCAAGGCUGUGAGCACUGGGACAGCAGAGACAUGCUCUUCCCCCAGAGUCUCCCUGAGGCCACAGACCCUCUCACUUGCUCACUGCAAUCUUCUCAAGUCAACAGGGAAGGAACUCAACCAGUAACACCAGGAUCCUUUGAGAUCCUUCAAAGUGGGCCAAAGUGGUGCCACUGGAGGAGACUUCCUGUCACCAUGGUAACCCACUCACACCUCUCCUGCUAGGCUUUCCCAGGAUACCACCCAGGGGCCUGGAGCGGCUGCAUGUGCACAUGGCGGCCUCCUGAGAACCCAGCCACACACCACUGGUGUUGCCUCGGUCCUGCCCACGCACAUCACAGCGCCAGGCCCCGGGGGCCCCCCACCGAUUCCUGCACAGACUGCAGCCUGGCACCAUGAUUCUGUGCCUCUCCCCCUCCAUCUUCAGCACUCCUGGCCUGUGAUUUCAGGGCUGGGACUUGGUGGUGCUUUGCCAUUGGUGGCACCCUCUGAGGAAAGCAGGUGGCAGGCAGAGAACACGGUGGCUCUCCUGAGGCUCAAUGCCUGCCAGCUCAUCCCAGACAGACUCCAGGAGCAGGAGGGGUGGCCACAUGUUGCCCAGAGGCUCCGAGGAUGGGGUUUCUGUUCCUGGGCUUUAUCUGCUCAGUGUGGCUCCCCAGAGCACUUCAUUGCACCCAGGUGGGGUCCAAACCAGAGGGUGGGCGGGAGCCUGUCUGGGAUGGAGCCACCUGCUGCUAAGACCGUGGAGGUUUUCAGGGUCACUUGUCCCCCUCCCUAGCCCCGCCCCUCCUCGGAGUGUGUUGGUGGUGGGUACCUAGGUGUCGUGCUCACAGAGGCUCAGCAGAUGUCAGGCUUGUCUCUGGCUCUCUGGUGGAAUCUCAAUGGGGGCUCGGGAAGAGGCCAACCAGAACUCUGAAGCCAAGGGUCUGAGUGGAGAGAGUUGGCAGGCCUAGCUCCUGUGCCCCCCGCCGACCCUCCCUGCUUAUGCGGCCGUGGGUGGGUGAGGUGGGCUGGGGGCCAGGAGGAGUGCCUUUGAGAAGGUUGGUCCUGGCAGGUGGACGGAGGGCACUUGGCAUGGGCUGCUCACUGGGAUCCCAGGCCACCCUAGCCUCCGCCACAGUCUUCCUUCUUUUGGCAUGCAGGCUGAUACCAGAUCUGGGGAUUUUCUAAAGGGACUGUGGGGAGGGGAGGGCAUUGUCAAUGGUGGUAUCUUUAGCCUGAGACAGAAGAUUUUUAAAGGCAAAAUUAUAUUUCUGGUUUGUUGUUUCAGAAGAACAAUAAAGACUGUAUUUUCCUACGUA